UCACCGCAAAAGUUUGACAGUUGUUUCGGUGAAGUGGAAACUGGAUAAGUUUGAGCCGCAUAUAUUUACUUACGAUACCAGUGAGCUGUUGAUAACGAAACACGAUGACGUGUGCUUUGCCGUAAGUGAAAGUAACUUAUUAGUGGUAGGAGCAAUACGCGUAGGCCUUCAAUAUCUGUUGUGUAUUGUAGCGCCUGCAGUCUGUCGCGAGCCGUUGUUUCGUUCACUUGGGUUCAUUAAUAUCUGCUACGUUUACGAUGUGUGGAAUUUUUGCUUAUAUCAAUCACCUGACGCCUAAAACUCGGCGUGAAAUAUUGGAAUUAUUAGUAACUGGAUUAAAACGCCUGGAAUAUCGUGGCUAUGAUUCUGCAGGCGUUGCUGUCGAUGCAGCUGAUCAAAAAGACAUAGCUGUUAUCAAACGAAGCGGCAAAGUUGCCGCUCUCGAAGAAUUGUUGCAAGAACACAUUGUUGACCUCUCAGUGGAAGACAGUGUAGAUUCUCACUGUGGAAUUGCUCAUACAAGAUGGGCCACUCAUGGAGAACCAAGUGCUACGAACUCUCACCCGCAGCGGUCUGGAGAAGACAACGCUUUUGUUGUUAUCCACAAUGGAAUUGUCACCAACUACAAAGAAGUGAAGGUCUUCCUUGAAAAUAAGGGUUAUGUCUUUGAAUCCCAGACUGACACUGAAGCAAUUGCCAAGCUUAUUCACCAUCUCUACUGCCAGCAUAAAGGAUACAGCUUCCAAGAGCUGGUAGAACAGGUAAUUCAACAACUUGAGGGUGCUUUUGCUUUGUGCUUUAAAUCUCGUUAUUUCCCUAAUGAGUGUGUAGCAACCCGCCGUGGAAGUCCCCUGCUUGUGGGCAUCAAAACAAGACGUCGCCUUUCUAGUGAUCAUGUACCUAUAAUGUAUACAAACAACAAAGCUACCCGUGGUGUUGUCCCAUCAGUUCCCCGAGUUAACAGCCAUGCUCAUUUCCAACCUGAGGAAGAGAGAGAAGUAGAAUAUUUCUUUGCCUCUGAUGCUUCUGCAGUUAUUGAACACACCAAUAGAGUUUUAUACUUUGAAGAUGAUGAUGUUGCUCAUAUUAAGGAUGGUGUUCUCAGCAUCCACCGUCUGUCUGGCAGUAGCACAGACCCACACCAGAGGGAGAUUUUUACUCUCAAAUUAGAACUUCAACAAAUAAUGAAAGGCAACUAUGAAUAUUUCAUGCAAAAAGAAAUUUUUGAGCAGCCUGAGUCCAUUGUAAAUACAAUGAGAGGCCGUCUUAACUUUGCUGAUAGCUCUGUAACAUUGGGAGGUAUUAAAGAUUACAUCCCGGAAAUCAAACGCUGCAGAAGGUUGAUGUUAAUAGGAUGUGGUACUAGCUACCACAGUGCUGUAGCUACACGACAGCUGCUGGAAGAAUUAACUGAACUACCUGUUAUGGUUGAGCUGGCUUCUGAUUUCUUGGACAGAAACACACCUGUUUUCCGUGAUGAUGUUUGCUUCUUUAUAUCCCAGUCUGGAGAAACAGCUGAUACCUUGAUGGCCCUUCGUUACUGCAAGCGGCAUGGUGCCCUUAUUGUUGGUAUCACCAACACUGUAGGAAGUUCCAUAUGUCGUGAGUCACACUGUGGUGUCCACAUUAACGCCGGCCCUGAAAUUGGUGUUGCCUCUACUAAGGCUUACACAUCACAGUUUGUGUCCUUGGUUAUGUUUGCACUUGUAAUAAGCGAGGAUCGUAUCUCUCUACAAAAAAGGCGUGCUGAUAUAAUUGAGGGACUUCAUCAAUUGGACACAAAAAUUCGUCAAGUGCUGGCUCUAGAUAAACAAGUAAAGGCUUUAGCUGAAGACCUCUACCGUCAACGAUCUUUACUUAUCAUGGGACGUGGGUACAACUUUGCUACUUGCCUUGAAGGGGCACUUAAAGUUAAAGAAUUAACUUACAUGCACAGCGAAGGCAUUAUGGCGGGCGAACUAAAACACGGCCCUCUGGCUCUUAUCGAUGACUCAAUGCCCGUCGUGAUGAUUGUGAUGCGCGACCCUGUAUACACAAAGUGCAUGAAUGCUCUGCAGCAAGUGACGGCACGCCAAGGUCGUCCGAUUCUCAUCUGUGAAGAAGGUGACAAAGAAACAAUGGACUUCGCGUCUCGCUGCCUCCAAAUACCCAAGACCGUUGAUUGUCUACAGGGAGUUCUCACAGUCAUACCCAUGCAGCUUCUUGCCUACCAUAUCGCCGUGUUGCGUGAAUGCAACGUCGACUGCCCACGCAAUCUCGCUAAAUCGGUUACUGUGGAAUAGGUAACUCAACACGAAUGUAAGCGUUUCCGCACACAUAGGUGUAACACUUUUAGCGAUAUAAUGACGAUGAUUAACUGAUGUUAAUUGUUGAAAGAUAUCGUUACUCAGUAAUGGACCAAUAUAUUGAGGGUUGUUGUGAAAGUAAGUCGUCGUAUGUUGGUAAUGCUUGCUGAUGUUACUAUUACACGAAUAUUAUAGCUAAGUAUAUAUAUUUUGUGCAGUGUGCGCACAACCGACAAUGUUAAAAAGGUAGCUCGACACACUCAUGGUGCGUUUUGUUUGAUUCCUGUUAAUUUAUACAUUCCGGAAAAAAAAAUUAUUGUAUUUCACUAGUUUCAUUGACAUUCCGUUACUCUGUCAAUAUUCUGUUUUUGGAGUGGCAAUUUAGUGGCUUUUAUGAGUUUACAAGAGUAUAGUCGUAUCAAGGCCAUACCUCUCGCUUACAUACCGACUAAAGAUUAUGUAGAUAUUUUCAAGUUGAUGCAAGCCACAUAUUAUCUUGCAACAGUAUCAGGUUUGUGACAGAAAAAAACAAUCAACACUUACUAUGAGUAAGUUUGUCAAUAAAAUUUAACGUUCUUUUACAUCCUUAGCCAGGCACGUGACCUUGCAAUAGGUAAUCCCCUCGUAACCAGUGCGUACAGCUUCAUUUAACACACUCAACACGCGCAAAAUGAUGAAUGGGAAUCUAUUGGCAGCUAUUCUGGGCUUGUAUCAAUUAAAGAAUAUGAGUAAUAACUACAUAAUAUAAAAAUUAUGUCCAAUCUAGCCAUUAAAAUGUCACUACGAAAAUGAUUACAAAGUAAUGCAAGCAGUUACAUGCGCCGAAUAUUCUUGGCUAAGCAAUGCUUUUUAGAUUCUAAGUUUAAUGUGAUUUUCGAAGAGGUUUUUAUUGCAUCCUUGCCAGCUGACUUCUGGUAAUCGUAAUCAAUAUUAUAAAACCUAUCUUUGUUGUUUUAUUAAUUCACACUAUUUGUAUUGUUUGGAAUUACGUUUCCUUCAAAAAAAACAAUUUGUUGUGUAAGUCCAGUGACAUAGGUAUGUACGUAAAUGCAAUAUUAUUCUCAAGAGACUAUGAAAUCACAAUAAAUGUGCAAUCUACGUUAGAGUUAUAUAAUUUGAGAAAUGAAUAUUCAUUGCAGAAUAAAGUUAGUGAAAUGAAAAUAAUUUUAUAUGACAGGACCAGUUCCAAGAUAAGCGUGUUAUCUGUAUUCCAGCAAAUUCAUUUUCAAUGUUUUAAAAAUGUGUAUGUAUAUAUAAAUUAUAUAUGUUUUUGAAGAUGUUAAAAGUCGAUAAGUUUUAUAAAUUAUCAAUAUCAGAUUGUCUAAAUGGCUUUUGAUAUCAGAUUGUUAUUUUUUUCUUUAUAUUUUAUGAUGUUUUUAACAAAACUUAUUUAUAUUCUAGAGCAGCGACUCUCGACCUAUGUCUGAAGGAACUUUCAAGGGUGUUGUUAUUUUUUAUACAUGACAAAAAUUGUUAUCAUUAAAUGAAAUGUUGUAAGCCUUCAUAUAACGGAAGAGUUCCGCUGCUCUUAAGCAUCACAUUUGAGAUUUUUUGUAUGUACAUGAUGUACUAAAUUGUAAGAUUUGUAUAUAGAUAGUGUUGGUAUUAUUAAGUCUUAGAGCUCCUUCACGAACAUCUGACGCCUAUGCUAGAUAAACGCAAGUGUGAAGGGGCCCUUCGAGUUAAAAAAGUAAAGCGAAAGGAUUACUUUAAUCUAAUUGAUGUAAUUACCGAAAAAAUCAUGUAAUACUGCGUUAGCUCCUUAAAUAUGAUUUUGUGCUGAAUUUAGGGUCCCAUCAGUUAAUUGCAAAAUGUCUACAGUUCAUUGACACGAUUAGGUUAUAUUACUUAUAUUUUACGAAGGUUAUAAGAACUCUAUCAAUUGUAAGGUGAAUUUAUUACGAAUCUGUUUGUUGAUUAGGUUUCAAAACAAGGAAAUGAAUGAUAAGUGUACACUUAUUGAAUUUGAUAACAAGUGAGUUCUUUGAAGUACACAGAAACCGUAUUAAAGUAAGGCAAUCUAUGUAAAGAUAAUUAAGAUUCUUAUAAUUUUAUUUCUCCUCAUAGUAAUCUUGUUUUGUAUCAUAAAAUCCUUUAUUUUUACUGCUUACUCUGAAAGUGGGUACUAUAGUGCGACUAUUAAAAUAAAUAAAUAAUAUUUCGGAUACCAACUGCUAUAAAUUGACUAUGUGAUUAUCGUUUAAUAGUUUGCUUUCCUUGUUUUAUAUUAAUAUAUUCUAAAUUAAGCGCUAGUCAGAAUAGCAUAGAUAUUUUUGAUAUUAAAUAUCUUUUAAAUUAAUCAACUGAUUUAUUUAUUUACCAAAUCUUUUUGGCAUUUUAUAACAGAUAUUAACUGUUUAGGAUUCAUUGUUAUCUGUUAAACUGGACUAUUGAUAAGGGAAUACUCAUAUUAGCUGAAUUCAAAACUGUGAUUAUGUGAAUUGUACUAGAAUUGCAAAGGUUUUUUUCUGGGCCAAGCUUUCUGGCACGCUAGUACCUACUUCAAAGUGAAAACCAAGUAGAGAUUUUUUGUUGACAUUGUUACCAUCCGAAAUGUCAUUUAUAUUAUACUUUCGGUGGUGACAUGGCUCGUAAGACAGGCUUGUAAUCAACUAUUAUACAAUCAGUCGUUGACCAACUACGAACUUCUAAAAUUUGUAUAGACAAAAAAUGAAACAGCUUGCUUUAGUAUCAUAACUUUUCUGAUUAAAUAAAAUAAAGAUCUGAAGCUAUCUGUCUACGUAAGUUACGUAUUUAGCAUUUUGAUGUGAUAUUUUCUGUAACGCACAUUUAAUUUAAGGAUUGUAUAAAGAUAUUACUUGUACUUAAGUGUUUAAUUGCAAAAUUAGUAUUAAUUUGAAUACUACAUGUUUGUAAAUCUUGUAAUCAAAUAGCAAACAAUUUUGUCGUCGUCUCAUACUUUUUAUUCUAUCUUGUGAGUGUCCAGGAUCAACGAAAAGAGUUUAACUUCCAUAUUUUAUUUACUUAGUCUCGUUUAUUUUAAAAUAUAAGGUAAUUAUACGAA